GUGCGCACCGCCCGGAGCCCGCCUCCGUGAAAGACUGCCGGGCGCAUGCGGCCGCGCUGGUUCACUGGCGGCCCGGGGCCCAGCGCGCGCGUCGUAGCCCCAGCUCCUUAACUGACGGCAGGCCUGUAGGCCGGCCUCAGGUCAAAAAGUAAAAUGAAGUACAUUCUAGUUACUGGUGGUGUUAUAUCAGGAAUCGGAAAAGGAAUCAUUGCCAGCAGCGUGGGCACAAUACUGAAGUCAUGCGGUUUACACGUAACUUCAAUUAAGAUUGACCCAUACAUUAACAUUGAUGCAGGAACAUUCUCUCCCUAUGAACAUGGUGAGGUUUUUGUGCUGGAUGAUGGUGGGGAAGUCGACCUUGACCUGGGGAACUAUGAGCGCUUCCUUGACAUCCGCCUCACCAAGGACAAUAAUCUGACCACUGGAAAGAUCUACCAGUAUGUCAUUAACAAGGAACGCAAAGGAGAUUACUUGGGGAAAACCGUCCAAGUUGUCCCUCACAUCACGGAUGCAAUCCAGGAGUGGGUCAUGAGACAGGCCUUAAUACCUGUGGAUGAAGAUGGCCUGGAACCUCAAGUGUGUGUCAUUGAGCUCGGGGGAACAGUGGGAGAUAUAGAAAGCAUGCCCUUUAUUGAAGCCUUCCGUCAGUUCCAGUUCAAGGUCAAGAGAGAGAACUUUUGUAAUAUUCACGUCAGUCUCGUUCCUCAGCCAAGUUCAACAGGGGAGCAGAAGACCAAACCCACCCAGAAUAGCGUGCGGGAGCUCAGAGGGCUUGGGCUUUCUCCGGAUCUGGUUGUGUGCAGGUGCUCAAAUCCUCUCGACACGUCAGUGAAAGAGAAAAUCUCGAUGUUCUGCCACGUCGAACCUGAACAAGUGAUCUGUGUCCAUGAUGUCUCAUCCAUCUACCGAGUCCCCUUGUUAUUAGAGGAGCAGGGAGUCGUGGACUAUUUUCUCCGGAGACUUGACCUUCCGAUCGAGAGGCAGCCACGAAAAAUGCUGAUGAAGUGGAAAGAGAUGGCAGACAGAUAUGAUCGCUUGCUGGAGACCUGCUCUAUAGCCCUUGUGGGCAAAUACACCAAGUUUUCAGACUCGUAUGCCUCUGUCAUUAAAGCUCUGGAGCAUUCUGCACUGGCCAUCAACCACAAGUUAGAAAUCAAGUACAUAGAUUCUACCGACUUGGAGCCGAGCAUGUUGCAGGAGGAGCCCGUGCGCUAUCAUGAAGCCUGGCAGAAGCUCUGUAGUGCUCACGGAGUGCUGGUACCAGGGGGAUUUGGUGUUCGGGGCACAGAAGGAAAAAUCCAAGCCAUCGCCUGGGCUCGGAAACAGAAGAAGCCUUUUUUGGGUGUGUGCCUAGGGAUGCAGUUGGCGGUGGUUGAAUUUUCAAGAAAUGUGCUGGGAUGGCAAGAUGCCAAUUCUACAGAGUUUGACCCUAAGACCAAUCAUCCUGUGGUCAUAGACAUGCCAGAACACAAUCCUGGGCAGAUGGGCGGAACCAUGAGGCUGGGCAAGAGGAGAACCCUGUUCCAGACCAAGAACUCGGUCAUGAGGAAACUCUACGGAGAUCCAGAUUACCUGGAAGAGAGGCACCGCCACAGAUUUGAGGUGAAUCCAGUCCUGAAGAAGUGUCUGGAAGAGCAGGGCCUGAAGUUCGUCGGCCAGGACGUUGGGGGAGAGAGGAUGGAGAUCGUGGAGCUGGAGGAUCAUCCCUUCUUCGUUGGGGUUCAGUACCACCCUGAGUUCCUGUCCCGGCCCAUCAAGCCUUCGCCUCCGUACUUUGGCCUCCUGCUGGCCUCCGUGGGGAGGCUCCCGCAUUACCUUCAGAAAGGCUGCAGGCUCUCGCCCAGGGACACCUACAGUGACAGGAGUGGAAGCAGCUCCCCGGACUCUGAAAUCACCGAAUUGAAGUUCCCAUCAAUAAAUCAUGACUGAUGGUAACGGGUGAUUCUUCAAGAGAGCCUUCGGACUUUGAGAGUUUACAGCUUUGAUUUUACACUCAACUUUUGACGCCUCCUUUAAAUUAUGUUUUUAUUAAGAUUAUUUUAUUAUGGGGGAAAGGUAUUUGGAAGACUUUGUGACUCGCAUGUCCCCUCCUGUGUGCCGGCCCCUCCCCGGUG